AAGCUCCGUCGUCUCCCGGUCGCGUGUCCCACGGGUGCCGCUUCUGUCAUCUUCCCUGUCGGCGCCAAACAUUUUGGACUGUUUACGUUCAACAACCUUAGCAGAAAAGACUCCGUACCGUCACGGAAACCUUGCAACUUCUUUCUCCAAAGACUCCACGGUCAGGGGCCGCACUGUUGCAAAACUCCCACGACACCCAACCGCGCGAUUCCCUUCGAUCCAAUCGAUUCCCCAUCCGCGGGCCGCCGAGGCAUGCUGGUUAAUUAGUUGUGCAAUUGCCAGGCACAAUUCUUUCUUAUUUCCGCCCUUCUCUCGGCCCUCCCCCUCCAUUCAUCCUUCUAAGUUCUUCCCCCCCUCGUCAGCUCGUGUCAUUGCAUCCCCGGAUCCCCCGGAUGAGCUUCUUUUCUCUUUGUUUUUGUCGUUCGAGCUGAGAGAGACUUCGAGAAACCACUCCCCCCGAGAGAGAGAGAGGUUCAGAGAAAGUAGAGGUUCGCAAUGGCGUCAAGGUACAAAGACAAGGACGGCGGCGUCGCGCUGGUCUUCAAUGGCCAAUGGAUCAGCUACCUGCAUACUGCUACAGCUUACACUGCCUUCAUCAGCGCAUUCAUUGUAGGCGUCUCGCUGCAUUACCACAAGAUUGUCCAAAAUGAGUGGUACGGAUACCCCGACGAGUGGUUCCCCUCCGUUUCCGCGACAAUUGGCGACCGAUACCCCGAGCGGUCCUUCUUCAUGUUCUUCAUCGCAAUCACCUCGGGCCCGCGAUUCGCACUCGUCGGACUGUGGUAUCUCUUGACGCGGAGACCCGGACAGACUCUGCCAAAGUUUACCCUGGCGAUGGGCAUUUUGCGCACAUGCAUGUGCGGUGGCUUCACCUACGUAACCUCGACGGACGACCACGACUGGCACGACAUCUUCAUGAUCUCCUACAUUGUCGCAUCUCUCCCGUGGACAAUUGGAUGCGUCAUGCUGAGCCCGCCGAACCCCCAGGCCAUCAAGUAUCGCAAGCUGAUUGCCAGCUCCUUCUUCGGUACCCUGGUGCCCUUGAUCUACUUCUUCAUCCAGCACAAGGUUCACCGCGUUGCGGGAGCUUACACGAUCUACGCCUUCUUCGAAUGGGCCCUCAUCCUCUUCGACGUCGCCUUUGACGCCGUGACGGCUCUCGACUUCAACACGUUCGAAGUGGUGAUCAAGGAUGUCAAGGGAGCAAGCAAGGGUGAGAAUCGGUCAUCCGUUCCGUCCGCCGUGCUUGAGAAGCAGAAGGAAAAGGCGAGCGCAAACCUCUUGACUGGCCGAUUUACCUGGACCGAGGCCCUCGACACCGCCGCCGAUGUCUACCACGGCUUCAUCUUUUGGUCCAUGUUGACCAGCUUGGGAGUUUUGGUGUGGUACUUCCCCCUCUGGCACAUGGGCAUCUCUGGCUACGAGGCCUUUGUCAUGUCAACCAUCUUGCCCGCAAUCUUGGGCAUUCGCAGUGUUCGCUCCCUCGUCGUCAACAAUCAGCGCGCGAUCCACCUCAUCUCGCUGGUCGGCCUGCUGGCGUACCAGGUUCUUGACCCUGCCUACCGUCUCUUCACCGUCGGCUUCGCCGUGGCCACGUCCUGCCUUGGCUGGACUGCUUCGUUCUGGUCCGAGAGAGCCCAUCAGAGCCGUCUCGAAUCCAGAAUCAUGGCUUGGACUCUUGGCCUCGUCGCCUCUUCCACGGCCAAGUUCAUAUGGUGGACCAACAACCCGCUAUGGCCUGUUAUGCACGCCGCCAACGGAGGCUGGAACGCGACCGGCUUCGCCAUUGCCGUUGUAGCUGCUCUGCGGUUCACCCGCAGGGCGCCCCUGACUAGCGGCGAUAUCCCGGAAGACUCCAAGAAGGGUGGUUCCUCGGUCCUUGCUGCCUUUGGCGUUGGCGGUCUGUUCUUCGGCAUUCACUCCCUGCUCUCCGACACCAGCACCAUGAUCCUCUGGGUUUGGGACGGCUACCCGAUCAGGGGGCCUACUGCCAACACCUACGGCUGGAUGACUAUUGUCGCAAUGACUGCUGGUCUCUUGGUUGGCCUCUACCGUCCCUCUCUGAUGAGCUCGUGGACUGCCUACGGUGUUGGCUGCGUUGGCGCGGCCGUCUUGACCUCGUAUCACCACUGGUUCGGCUACUAUGGUGCUCUUACCACCGCCUUCUACUUGAUGGGUCUGUCUGUGCCAUUCCUUUCGACCGCCGCCAAGAGAAGCCCUGGCACGACAUUUGGUCUUGGAUUCUUCAUCUACAACUUCAUGGUGCUGUUCCACGUCUGGGUCGUCGCCUAUGCAUUUGUCCCUGGUGGCCCCCUUGUUCGCGAGCACACUGACUGGGUCAUGAUGACAACAUUCAUCCUCAUCGGCGCCGGUGUCUUCGAUCUCACCUCCUCGCAGGCCCGUCGCCGCGAUACCCGCCGCGCAUCCCCGUCGCAGCACAAAAAGUACAACACAAUUGCAGCCGCCUUUAUCAACAUCGUCUUCCUGGCCGCAGCCUUCAUGCGCUUCCCUACCAACGACUACAAGCCGUACCACCCUGAAGAUCGCAUCAUGACGGCCGGUAUCUGGACCAUCCACUUCUCCCUCGACAACGACAUGUGGUCUUCCGAGUACCGCAUGCGCGACCUCAUCAAGGAGCUCGAGCUGGAUGUGGUAGGCCUCCUCGAGUCCGACCUGCAGCGCAUCAUCAUGGGCAACCGCGAUACCACGCAGUUCCUUGCCGAGGACCUCGGAAUGUACGUCGACUACGGCCCAGGCCCCAACAAGCACACCUGGGGCUCCGCGCUGCUGUCCAAAUUCCCGAUUCUCAAGUCGACGCACCACCUGCUCCCCAGUCCCGUGGGCGAGCUCGCGCCCGCCAUCGCCGCUACCCUCGACGUCUACGGCCAGGAGGUCGACGUCUUCGUAUUCCACUCCGGACAAGAGGAGGACCCCGAAGACCGCCGCCUGCAGACCGAGUACCUCUCCAAGCUCAUGGGCGAAUCAAAGAACCCCUCCGUCCUGCUGUCCUACCUCGUCACCAAGCCCCUGCAGGGUAACUACAACACCUACGUCAGCAGCACGUCCGGCAUGCACGACGUCGACCCGACCGACUGGGACCGCUGGUGCGAGUACAUCCUCUACAAGGGCCUCAAGCGCACUGGCUACGCGCGCGUCAGCCGCAGCACCAUCACCGACACGGAGCUGCAGGUGGCCAAGUUUGUCAUCCCGCAGUCCAAGGACGAGGCGCUGCAGAUCGAGGCGGUGGACGACAACACGCGGAAUAAGCGCGUCACGGAGGAGGAGGUGCCGCAGGGCUGGCGGUUCCCGGCCAUGUUCCGCGGCCAGGGCGUGCGGGAUCACCGGUACCACGUCUUUAACGAGCCGAGGUACUACAAUCAUUGAUUUAUGGAAACGAAAACGAAGUUUAUGGGGGUUGGGAUCGGAUGAAGGGUUGUAAUGUUGAAUGUUUUCUUAUGUUGGUGGCGGAGGUUGGGGGCGUACAUACUUAAUACAAUGCGAGAACCUGUUCAAUGAGCUUUUGAGUGUUUGAGCGUUUGGUGUGAGAGUUGCUGCUGAGGCACGUUUCUACCUCUCAAUCCCGCCAUCACCGUACCGUUCUUCCGUUGCCUCGCAUCGCUGUGUCUCAAUACCGCUUCUUUCAACCUUUUCUUCGACCUUGACGCCGGUAUUUCUGGCUUUCAGGCAUCGUUGUUGACGUAUUCGUUCGAGACCACUCCGAUAAGAGUGAAGAGUAGUGACUUCAUGCACACACACACCUUUGAUCCUAAAGCAUCACUGUACGAGGUAAACUUAGUAGCACACCUCUGUGUCUGGGGAACGCACACCGCGAGUACAAGGAGCCUUAUACAACCGAUCACCCAACCCAGACACUUUCUCCAUGAGAUGCAUGUUCUAGAAUUCGGUUUCGUCUUAUACGCGGUCAACACACCAUCGCGAUUCUGCCUGCUCAGGGGCUCAUUAGGUCCUGUCGCUCUUUACAUAUGAAUGGUGUGUCCGCUACGAUAGAUUUUGGCCUCUCAGACGGACCGUUUCCAGUUAGUUGCACACGUUUGAUGUUUCGGGAAGAUGAGCCGGCCCAGACUGGUUUCGCACCGAGUCGAUUAUCUCGAUUCGGUAUCUAGAAAGUUGUGGGUGACUGGAUUCCCAGGGGUGCGGCCUCGACGGAAGUCCGCCGUGAUGAUAGGAAAGGACCUUGGACUGCGGGUACCCAUGAUUCCUGUUGCCCAUUACACGAGUAAGCAGGCUAUAAAAUGAUCCUCCCUCUUUCCGCCAGUAUGAUCAGGCAUCCCCUGCGUCUGCAAGAAAGUACGGUGCCACUGAAGUCAUCAUAGCAAAGCUGUUGGUACUAGAGGAUGUAGGUAGUUGAGAUACUUGAGAAAGACCCGAAUUGAUGUAUCAAGCAGGGAUCUUCCACAUGAAGAAGAAAGACUUUUACCUCUACCUUUUCUUGGUAUAUUGCAUCCAGAAUAUAAUCGGAAAGGAGGUAGUUGGCGGAGAGAGACGUAGCGUUGGUAUGAGAUGUGUACUGAGAUUAAACGUCGAACAGGAAAACGGCAAGCGUCCACAACGAGAUCACGACCUAGAUGCCGCCAUCACCAUGAACACUACUGCUCCUAUCACCCUGUUAGGUGAAUUCAGAGCUGUGGAAGUACGAGGUGCCUUGCCCAA